GCGGGAAAGACGCCUCGGUUUCUCACAUGCGUAGUUGCUGAGAAUGAGCCUCUGCCAGGCUAGGGAAGCCGCCGAAGUAGGACGCAUGCGCAGACCUGGGGGAAAAAAAAAAAAAAGCCAAAAACGCAGACUGCGGUCCUUGGUCCUUCGUGGUUUAGAUUGUUGGUGAAUGUUUCCGGCUGGCGGCCGGUGCUAAGACAGGUUCUGCCACAGCGAGCUGUGUCCUUGAUGAGCACCUGGGCUUUGCUCCGUUUUCCUGCACCACUGAUCAGGAUAUGCUCAGGGAACUGGGUAUUUGGGCUUCAGAAGCCAGCACUGCUCUUCCCAGGAAUGGCUGCUGCUGUGGUACAGGUGGCAGGCAGGAAGGACUAUCCUGCUCUGCUUCCCCUGCACGAGAGUGAGCUUGAAGAACAGUUUGUGAAAGGACAUGGUCCAGGGGGCCAGGCCACCAACAAAACCAACAACUGUGUAGUGCUCAAACAUGUGCCCUCCGGCAUUGUGGUCAAGUGCCACCAAACACGAUCUGUGGAUCAAAACAGAAAGAUAGCUCGGAAAAUCCUCCAGGAGAAAGUGGAUGUUUUCUACAAUGGUGAAAACAGCCCUGUCCACAAAGAGAAGCUUGAGGGUGAGAGGAGAAAACGAGAAAGAAAGAAGAGAGCAAAGGAGACACUUGAAAAAAAGAAGUUGUUGAAAGAACUAUGGGAAGCAAGUCAAAACAUCCCUGAGAAAAGGAGCAAUGCUGAUGGUGUGCCCGGGGGCUCCCGGGAAUAAUGUGGUAAUACUCGGCACAUCCUGGAAGUAGGCAUGGUGGUGUAUGCUGCAGUCCUGGCACUUGGGAAGGCUCAUGCUUGGGUAGAGCAUUUGUCCCAGAAGAAUCCACGUAAGGGUGGAGGAUCAGAACUGAUUCCACAAAGUAGUCCUCUGACCUCCUGACAUAUGCUGUGACAUGUAUGCCCACACUUGUCACACACAGAAAUAAGCAAUGAAGGUUAAGAUACAAACAAUUUGAAAAAGUAUCAUUAUUAGCUAAGCCCACCUUUAUGGCAAGUUGAAUCAAACAUUAGCAUUUACUAGUAUCCUGUCAACUCCAGGGCCACUGCUGAGCUGCCUUAAUAUAUUAUUUGAGUUUUUGGUAAAGAGAAAAUGUCGGUGAAAUGUUACUAAGAUAUCUGCUGUGCUUACUAGUUUUAACACUCAACUUCACACAGACAACCUAGAACACAGGGAAGUGUCUUAGUGAGAAAUUACAAGGAUGUCUGUGGGAAUUGUCUUUAUUGUUAAUUGAAGUUGGAGCCCCCCCCACCCCCAUUGUGGGCAGCAUCAUUCCCUAAGCAGAAACCCAGAACAAUACAAGCUAAGAAAGAGCAACACCGCUUUCAUUCCCUCAACUGUGAAUGUGACAUGACAAUGCUUGAAGGUCCUGCCUUGACUUCCCUAAAAUGAACUGUAAAACUUGAAAGAGCAAGCUAAAUAAAUGCCUUUCAUAAGUUUU